AUGGAAAUUUCGAAAAAUUCUACACAAACCUUUAUUCGGUGUAUAGAAUUUUUUAGUGGAAUAGGUGGUUUGCAUUAUGCCUUCAAACAAGCUUGGUCUAAUGGAGAAGUGAUAGCUAGUUUUGAUAUUAAUAUCGUGGCUAAUUCUGUAUAUAAGCAUAAUUUUGGUAAAAAUCCUAUUACGAAAUGUAUUGAAUCAUUGAAUGUUGAUGAUAUUGAAAAAUAUGAAGCCAAUUGUUGGUUAUUAAGUCCACCGUGUCAACCUUAUACCAGAGGCGGAAAAGGUUUGGAUGAUCAAGAUCAAAGAGCGAAAGGAUUAAUGCAUUUAAUUGAAAUCUUACCUAAAUUAUCAAACCCUCCUGAAUACAUUUUUCUUGAAAAUGUUCUAAAUUUUGAAAAAUCAAGAUCUCGGGAGAAAUUAAUAAUUCAAUUAUAUAGAAUGAAUUACGAAAUUCACGAAUGUUUAUUGACACCUUUACAAUUUGGAAUUCCAAAUGAUCGAUUGCGAUAUUAUUUAAUGGCUAGGAAAAAAACAAUUAUUUAUGAAAAUAUUGGUGAAAAUAUUGAAAACUUGGAAGAAAAUUAUUUCAAACGAUCAAAUACUAAUAUACAUAGAUCUUGGCCAUUUGAGUAUAUUGUAAGACCUAUAGAUCAAAGGAGUUCUUGCUUUACAAAGUCAUAUGGUAGCCAUCAUAUAUUUGGAAGUGGAUCACUUAUUCAAACUAAAAAAUUAGAGGUUUUUGCAAGAUUACACACAUUUCCUUUGAAACCCAAUAAUUCUGAUAAUUUUAUGAAUAAUUUAAAUAAUAUACAAGACCAAAUUCUACUACCACCAAGAUUAUAUGAUUCGAUAAAAAAUUCAUCAUCAACUAAUUAUUUGGAAUUUCCUGAUGAUGUUAGCAUUAUUCAAAAACAUAGAUUAUUAGGAAAUAGUUUAAAUGUUUUUGUUGUAGCUGAAUUAUUAAGAUGUGUAUUAUUUAAUUAUUAG